AGUCCACACUCCACAGUGACAGAGCAGCACACCACGCCUCCCCCAGCUUUUUGUUUAGUAGACUCCCUCUCCACUCUCCACCGCCGAACAACGCCUCGAUCCAGAUCCAGCCACCGUUGUGCCGCCGCGGCUGCGCCUCUCUUCCUUCUCCUGCGGGCGCCCUCGUCGUCCUCACCCUCUCUUGGGCUGCCGUGGAAUGGAGAUCUUUCCGGAUUUGGGUUGAUCCCUUCUUUUUCUCGGGUAGUAAGCUAGCCAGUGGAGCGGUAAUUUGUCAGGCUGGGCACAAGAUUUUAGUUCAUGGUGCCUGGAUGAGCAGUGGAGAUGCUACUGGCUGUGGAAGGAGGAGGAUUCUUCUCAUCUUCAGCUUCAGGGUACAGCCAUGGCCUCGCUCUCUUGCUGCUUGGACGGAAAGAUGAGGAGAAGCCCGUCAAAGGGUCGCCGUGGAACCAGUACCGGCUAGUCGAUCGAGAGGCCCAGCAGGUGUACCAUCUGGCCUCCGACGAGGACCAGGCUCCUGGGAAAUGUGCUCCCUUUGUUUGCUUCGGUUGUACGGCUACUGGCCUUGAGGGGGCAUCUCCUCCGAAAGACAGAUCAAGCAAUGCGUUGGGUAGCUCUCUGGAAGAAGCAUCUAGUACAGCAAACAAGAAGUUGACCACUAAUGGUUCCACCACUGGGAAUGAGAGAAGAGGCUGUCUUAAGAGCAAUUCGAAAAGGGAUUCUUUGGAGUGUAUAGUGGUGAGUGAGGGUGAAGAACCGUGCGAGUCACUAGAAGAGGUGCAGACCUUGAAGGCUGCUAUGGAACGGAGGAAAGUUCAGUGGACUGAUACAUGUGGAAAGGAUCUUUUUGAGAUCAGGGAGUUUGAAACAAGUGAUGAAGGGUUGUCAGAUGAUGAAGGGGAAAACGAGGGCUUCAGGAAAUGCGAGUGUGUGAUUCAAUAGAUUUCGUGUCUGUACAACAAGCUCGACAGAAACAGUGCUUCAUGCGAAGCUGAAGUUGAUCUCGGUAUGAUAUGUUGCACUGGUGACUUCUCAGCAAUCGGAAUGAUCUUUGACAGUUGAAACGAAGCAAACAGGGUGACUUGAUAUCUUGCUUAAUUAUUUGUUGGUGCUGUGUUUAGCUAGUCCGCACGGUAGGGUUACAGUUUUGAUGCCCACAUGUACUAUAUCAAGAUUUUACUGCUUUGUUUCUUUUUAUCUUUUUCCCUUCUGGCUUUCCUUGGUGUUCUCAUGGCCGUUGUACCAUAUGAAACUGCCAUGUUACUGUUGUCAGGGAUGCUGGAUUCCUGACUUCCUGCUAUUCUUGUUUUGUUUUACUCCUGACGUUGAGUGAUGGCUUGUUGACAUCUUCGUUCAAGUUGUUAAAAGUUCAUGUCUUGAUGCAUAA